CAGAGAGUUGAGUGGCUGAAGACAGAAGGAAGAAAAACAGACAAGAAAGACAGUGAAAGGAAAAUGUUCAGAUCUACAGAAUCAGUCUGAGUCCACUGAACUGAACCCGUCUGAUCCGGACUCCACUGAUCCCGGUUCAGAGUGAGUUCACCUGGAUCCACCUGAGACCAACACUCAAGAUUUCUCAACAUUUCCCUGAAGCAGGAAGUCAGGGCGAGAGGAGCAGACAUGGGCAGUAAGGAGCGAUACCAUUGGCAGGCUCAGAAUGUGAAGGUGAGCGGCGUGGACGACAUGGUGCUGCUGUCCAAGAUCAGCGAGGACGCCAUCACAGACAACCUGAAGAAGAGAUACAUGGACGACUACAUCUUUACUUACAUCGGUGCAGUUCUGAUCUCUGUGAAUCCGUUUAAACAGCUUCCAUAUUUCACCGAGAGAGAGGUGGAGCUGUACCAGGGGGCGGCCCAGUAUGAGAACCCCCCUCACAUCUACGCGCUGGCUGACAACAUGUACAGGAACAUGAUGAUUGACAGCGAGAACCAGUGUGUCAUCAUCAGCGGUGAGAGCGGAGCUGGAAAAACAGUCGCAGCCAAGUACAUCAUGAGCUACGUGUCCAAAGUGUCUGGAGGAGGAGACAAAGUACAGCAUGUUAAAGACAUCAUCCUGCAGUCCAACCCUCUGCUGGAGGCCUUCGGCAACGCCAAGACCGUCCGCAACAACAACUCCAGCAGAUUUGGGAAAUACUUUGAGAUCCAGUUCAGUCGAGGAGGAGCUCCUGAUGGAGGGAAGAUCUCCAACUUUCUGUUGGAGAAAAGUCGAGUCGUGUCACAGAAUCCUGAAGAGAGAAACUUCCACAUUUACUACCAGCUGUUGGGGGGCGCAACCGCGGAGCAGAGGGAGAACCUCGGGGUCACGACCCCCGACUACUACAACUACCUCAACCAAUCAGGAACCUACACAGUGGAAGACGUCAACGACAAGAAGGAGUUCUCUGAUACUAUGGGGGCGAUGUCCGUCGUGGGUCUGACUGUGGAGGAUCAGGACUCGGUUCUUCAGCUGGUGGCAGGAAUUCUUCACCUGGGAAACAUCGGCUUCAGAGAAGAGAACAACUACGCUGUGGUGGAGAGUCAGGACUUCCUGGCCUUCCCGUCCUACCUGUUGGGGAUCCCUCAGGACAGUCUCUGCAGCAAACUGACCAGCAGGAUCAUGGACAGUAAGUGGGGCGGGAAGACCGAGUCCAUCUCCGUCACCCUGAACACGGAGCAGGCCUGUUUCACCAGAGACGCCCUGUCCAAAGCUCUCUACACCCGACUCUUCGACUUCCUCGUCGACUGUGUAAAUAAAGCCAUGCAGAAGGACCAGGAGGAGCUCACCAUUGGAGUCCUCGACAUCUACGGCUUCGAGAUCUUCCAGCAAAACGGCUUUGAACAGUUCUGCAUCAACUUCGUCAACGAGAAGCUGCAGCAGAUUUUUAUCGAACUCACACUGAAGGCAGAACAGGAGGAAUAUGUUCAGGAGGGGAUCAAGUGGACGGCCAUCGAGUAUUUCAACAAUAAGGUGGUCUGUGACCUCAUCGAGUCCAAGCUGAAUCCUCCUGGGGUCAUGAGUAUCCUGGACGAUGUUUGUGCUACGAUGCACGCUAAAGGUGAAGGAGCAGAUCAGACUCUGCUGCAGAAGCUUCAGGGACAGAUCGGAUCACACGAGCACUUCAGCAGCUGGAACAGAGGAUUCAUCGUCCACCACUACGCCGGGAAGGUGUCAUAUGAUGUCAGCGGUUUCUGUGAGAGGAACAGAGACGUGUUGUUUAACGACAUCAUUGAGCUGAUGCAGAGCAGCGAAUUUCCGUUCAUCAGAGCUCUGUUCCCUGAGAACCUGGAGGCAGAGAAGAGAGGGCGUCCAUCCACUGCAAGCAGCAAGAUCAAGAAACAAGCCAACACUCUGGUCCAGACCCUCAUGAAGUGCACCCCUCACUACAUCCGCUGCAUCAAACCCAACGAAACCAAACGUCCUCGGGACUGGGAGGAGAACCGGGUCCGACACCAGGUGGAGUACCUGGGCCUCCGAGAGAACAUCAGAGUCCGCCGGGCCGGAUACGCCUACAGACGGGUCUUCAACAAGUUCCUGCAGAGGUACGCCAUCCUGACCAAAGAGAGCUGGCCUCGGUGGAGAGGCGAGGAGCGUCAGGGAGUUCUGCACCUCCUCAACUCUGUGCACAUGGACCAGGACCAGUUCCAGCUGGGCAAGGCCAAAGUCUUCAUCAAAGCUCCAGAGUCGCUCUUCCUGCUGGAGGAGAUGAGGGAGAGGAAGUACAACGGUUAUGCUCGGGUCAUCCAGAAGGCGUGGCGCAAACACAUCGCCGUCCGCAAGUACGUGAAGAUGAGGGAGGAAGCGUCGGACGUCCUGCUGAACAAGAAGGAGCGCCGCAGAAACAGCAUCAACAGGAACUUUGUGGGCGACUACAUCGGGACAGAUAACCACCCGGAGAUCAGACAGUUCGUCGGCCGCCGAGAGCGGAUCGACUUCGCCGAUGUCGUGGUGAAAUACGACCGAAGAUUCAGGACGGUGAAACGAGACCUCAUCCUGACCCCCAAGUUCCUGUACCUGAUUGGUCGAGAGAAGGUGAAACAGGGUCCAGAUAAAGGUCAGAUCCAGGAGGUUCUCAAGAGGAAGAUCGAGCUCAACAAGAUCCAGUCUGUUUCCCUGAGCACCCUGCAGGACGACUUCUUCAUCGUCCAUGAGGAGGAGUACGACAGCGUCCUUCAGAGCGUCUUUAAGACAGAGUUCCUCAGUCUCCUGGUGAAACGAUAUCAGGACAAAACUCAGAAGAAGCUUCCUCUCAAAUUCAACAACCUUCUGGAGUUCAAGGUGAAGAAGGGGGGAUGGGGUCCGUUCAGCUCUGCAGGAUCCAGGCAGAUCCAGUUCCAAGUGGGUCAAGGGGAUGAGGUGGUUCUGAAGCCCAGUGGGAAGGUCCUGCAGGUGUCCAUUGGACCGGGUCUGCCCAAGAACUCACGGCCGACGAGGAGGGACAACCGAAAGAGCCGCUACAUGGGCAACCAGGCUCCGCCCAGCAACCAGUACCACUCAGCUCCACAGUCCAGAGGGGGCGGAGCUCCCAGAGGAGGCCCCACCUCCUCCAGACACUCCAUGCUGAGGCAGCAGUCCACUAUGGAGCAGCCCAGUCUGCCCCGCAUCCAGGGCCAACGUCGCCCCGACAACCGGCCCUCCCAACACCAAAACAUGGGCUUCAUGGACGUCCCCGAACAGGGCGCUGCAGGGAUGCAGCGACGGCGGUCAAAGGAGGUGAAGCCCCUCCCCGGAGCAGGUCGACCCAAACCGGCCCCCAGACCGAAGCCUCGGUCUCCUCAGUGCAGAGCUCUGUACGCCUACGACGCCCAGGACACUGACGAGCUGAGCUUCAACGCUGAUGAUGUCAUCGAGAUACUCACUGAAGAUCCGUCUGGUUGGUGGUUCGGCCGGUUGCGGGGCAGAGAGGGGAUGUUCCCUGGAAACUACGUGGAGAAGAUCUAGACCUCGUCUCCAGGGGUCAGAGGUCACUGACCUGCUGCUGCAGCUAGGAUCAGAGGUCACUGGAGCUUUCAACAUAUAGGAGGUUAUAACACAACAGGAAACAGCUGAUUACUUCAUUCAUAAACAAAACACAUAUGUUUCAGUGAGAGUCACAGCUGUUGGACAUUGUCCCCAGAGGUCAAAGGUCAAGGUCAGGUGUUCUCACCUGCCGACUCUGGGACUGUGUCCCCGUAACGCUGUGUACUGUCAGGUUAAAUGUUCAUGUGACUCCAGUCUCUGAUCAUCUCUGAGUAGUAGUAGUUCGAUCAAAUUGUACAUCAGUGUUACCAUGGAAACAUGUCAAGAAUAUCAGUGUAAAGUCCCGUCACCGCCCCCUACAGGCUCCAGUGGUCAUGACAGGACACUGUAUGAAUGUGUUGAACAACAUCCUAAUGAUUUACAUUUUCUGCUGACAUGAUAAAAGGUGUUUUACUGUCUGCAGGUGAAGACUAAACAUCACUAAAAAAUAUUCAAAUAUAAACUUCUUUUAUUCUUCUGAAUGUCACUCCUGGAAAAUGAAAAAUUGUCAAGUUUUACCUUUUGAUUGAAAACCGAAAUAAAAAGUGAAUAUAUAAA